AUGCACUGUAGACAUGGCUGCUGCAGCUUCGUUCCUUGAGGAGGAGCUCUGCUGUGCUGUUUGCUCGGACUUCUUCAAGGAUCCUGUUCUCCUGAAGUGCAGCCACAGCUUCUGUAGAGUCUGUCUGCAGAAGUUCUGGAAAGAGAACAGCUCUCGGGAGUGUCCAUUAUGCAGGAGGAAGUCCUCCGUGGACGAUCCCCCUGUCAACCUAACCUUAAGGAACGUCGUGGAGUCAUAUUUACAGCAAAGGAGUGUUACAAAUGUGGCAGAGAAGAGUGAAUCUCGCUGCAGCCUCCAUGGAGAGAAGCUUCUGCUUUUCUGCAAGAACGAUCAGGAGCCCAUCUGUCUGGUCUGUCAGACUGCAAGGAAACACACAGACCACCAGCUCUGCCCAGUGGAAGAAGCUGUAGAGGAUGAGAAGGAGGACCUCAGAGCUUCACUGAUUCCAUUAAAUGAAAAGCUGGAGAAGUUUACAGAAGUUAAGCAAGAGUUUGAGGAAACAGCCAAACACAUCAAGAGUCAGUCCCAGCACACUGAGAAGAGGAUCAAGGAGGAAUUUGAGGAACUCCAUCAGUUCCUGAGAGAGGAAGAGGAGGCCAGACUGGCUAUACUGAGAGUGGAAGAGAUGGAGAAGAGCGAGAGGAUGAAGGAGAAGAUAGAGAACAUCUCCAAACAGGUCUCCACCUUGACAGAGAAGAUCAGAGACAUUGAGAAGGCCAUGGGAGCUGAGGACAUCUCCUUCCUGAAGACCUUGAAGAACAUCAAGGAAAAAGCCCAGUUCUCACUGCAGGACCCAGAGCUGGCUUCAGGGUCACUGUUAAACGUGGCCAAACACCUGGGCUCUUUGAAAUUCAGAGUCUGGAAGAAGAUGCUGGGGACAGUGCAGUACACUCCUGUGACUCUGGACCCAAACACUGCAGCCCCCUGGCUCUCAGUGUCUGAUGAUCUGACCAGUGUGAGAGACACUGGAGUUAUUCAGCAACUUCCUAACAACCCAGAGAGAUUCUCCCCCUGUGUGUGUGUGCUGGGAAAUAAGGGGUUUAUCUCAGGAAAACACAGCUGGGAGGUGGAGGUGGGGGACACACCCAAGUGGGAUGUAGGAGUUGCAUCAGAGUUUGUUGACAGGAAGGGGGGGAUUAUAUGCAGCCCAGAGGAUGGAUUCUGGGUUGUAGCUCUGAGGAAAGGUGACGUGUAUACAGCAUGCGAUUCACCACCAACCCGCCUGAGACUGGAGAGGAAACCGCAGAGGAUCAGAGUGCAGCUGGACUAUGACAGGGGGGAGGUGUCCUUCUUCAACCCCACUGACAUGUCACUCAUCUACACCUUUAAAGGCACAUUCACUGGGAGACUGUUUCCAUUCUUCUCUCCAUAUUCAAAAGAAGAUGGCAAAAAUGCUGGAGCCUUCAAGAUUUGCCCAGUAAAGGUGUCGGUGAUAGUGAUGUCAUCCCAAUAAAGCUGUUUCUCAAACGGU